ACGUUCUUAGUUCAUUGGUGUGGUGACGUCACAGGCCUUAUUUGAUAACAUUGAGAGACCGUCACACUGACGACAGGACGAAGGUUCGCUGGUUGUUCUAAAGGAAGCUGAAGAGCGUCGGAGUUUACCAGUACAACUAGAGGAUCCUGAGUGUUUGUGCUGUCAAGGUGAUGUCAGCUGCUUGUCUUGCGCGCCUGGCAAGGUGCAGUGUUCCUUAUGUGCCUCGCAGCGGUCUUCUUCAGGCAGCCCUAGUCCCACUCCCAUUGCAACAAGACAGCCACCUCCAGUUCACAGUCUUUCGUAGAUCAAUUUACAGCCCAUCAGAACAACGACAAAGCAACACACGCUUUGAUCCAGACAGCAGUGGCCGUCCCACAACUUGGGAUUCAUUUGGCAUUUGGGACGAUCGCAUUGAUGAACCUAUCCUGCUGCCUCCCAGCAUUCGCUAUGGAAAGCCCAUUCCUAAAAUCAGCUUAUCGAAAGUGGGUUGUGCCUCUCUCAUUGGUCAACGCAAAGAGAAUGAAGACCGCUUCCAGGUGUCUCAAAUGACAGAAGACGUCCUCUAUUUUGCUGUUUUUGAUGGGCAUGGUGGACCGCAAGCAGCUGACUUCUGUGAAAAAUACAUGGAAAAAUUUAUCAAGGAUCUUCUGCCUAAGGAAGCAAAUCUGGAAUUAGUUUUAUCAAAGGCUUUCCUUGAAGUAGAAAAAGCUUUUUCAAGGCACUUACACUUCUCUCCAAAUGCGCAGGACAUCAAUGCAGGAACCACUGCCACUGUGGCCCUGCUGAGGGAUGGCAUUGAGUUGGUGGUGGGCAGUGUGGGGGACAGCCGCGCCAUGCUAUGCCGUAAGGGCAAAGCCCAUAAACUCACUGAUGACCACACUCCUGAGAGGAAGGACGAGAAGGAGAGGAUUAAGAGGAGUGGGGGUUUUAUAACCUGGAAUAGUCUGGGACAGCCUAAUGUCAAUGGCAGACUAGCCAUGACGCGCAGCAUUGGAGACUUUGACCUGAAGAACAUGGGAGUCAUCGCUGAGCCUGAAACCAAGAGAAUAACGUUGCACCAUGUCCAUGACACGUUCCUGGCGCUGACCACAGACGGCAUUAACUUUAUUAUGAACAGCCAGGAAAUCUGUGACGUCAUCAACCAGUGCCACGACCCCAAAGAGGCAGCACAGAGAAUAUCUGAUCAGGCUCUUCAGUAUGGCUCGGAGGACAACAGCACAAUUAUCGUGGUGCCCUUCGGUGCUUGGGGAAGGUACAAGAGUUCAGAGACCAGUUUUUCCUUCAGUCGGAGUUUUGUGUCCAGUGGCCGCUGGGCGUAGUCGACAAGACGGUGGAUGAAACACGUCGGUCUGUGGACUUACUUAUUGUGUGCAAUACAAUCCCUGCCCUUAAGGGAAACAUCGAACGUGUUGUUUGCCCAAACAGUAACACAUAUGGGUUAAAACAGACGUCUCAACCUCGUGGCCCGCGGGCCACAUGUUAUUUACGUUUGAUUUUUUUAAUUAAUAGAUUAGAUAAACACAUUUUUAUUGUGAACUAUAUAUUUUUGCAUAUUAAAACAAAACACUUUUAUUUUGAAAGCUGUGGACACAAAUAUUGUUAUUGCAACAUUAUGUUGUGUGGAAUUUUGUUGUAUAAUUUUAACUUCUUAUCGCCCAACACUACUGGGCUUUGUUUUUCUCCUGACGAGACGAGGCGCUCAGUGGCCCCCAGGUCAUCGUUGGUUUGAGACCCCUGGGUUAAAACCUGCUGUUUAGAGCACUGUGGUAAUUAUUAUUAUUAUCCUCUGGUGAAUCAGGUGCACUAAAUAAACAAAUUACCCCUUUAUGCAAUGUUUAAUUCUAGUAAGCCAAUGACCUAAGGUGCUAAAAGUUGAUAAGUGUUUGAAUGACGGACAGGAAUCAACAGUGAUGAGGCGUCCCUCAGCAGACAUGUAGUCCCUCUACAUUAGCUGAAUUCUUUUGUCACCUUAUGUAAACCAUUCAGAUGCACUUUUAUCUAUUUAGGUAUUCAUAAUGCCCAAGUUUGCCCACCAAUGGACAACCUCCCCAUUUCCAAAGUCACUUAAGUAUAAGUAUCAUGAGUAAAUUAAGGCAGUGAGUAGGUUUUAAUGACUGUGGAUUUUGGAGCUUCCUUUCUUAGUUUUGUGGGUCAAAACAUCCCAGUUAAAAUUUCAUUGGGCUCCUGAUGUUUUUCUUCAGCACAAAACAAGUUUAUACAACUUGCUGUUUUCUUUGUACUUCAGAAGUACUUGAAGCACUGAUGAGCUUUUUUGAUGCCCAUUUUGCACAGAAGUGAUGGCGUGAACCCUGAAUGUUGAGGAAUCUGGUGAACUGAUGGGCAGUGCGAGAGGAGCUGCUCAUUGUUUGUAUUAACAUCAUUUCAGUGGCUCAACCAUUGUCUCUUGGCUCAGGAUGGAAAAGUGUUCAUCUCCGUCGUGAUUUGAACCUGGCCUCGUUGGUGUGCUGGGCGUAGACAUGUAUACUAAAGUUUUGUAAAUAAUUAUAUUUAUGUAUUACUGGAGAACGGAUAAUUCUGUUAUAUUUACUCAGUAUCUUGGUUAAGUCUCGUAUCUGAAAUGCACUGGGCCUUUGCGUCAGUGUGUGUGUGUGUAAAGCUUCAUUAUUUAAAUAGUAGCUUAAAUACUCGGUCUUUUCAGCCAGAAUAAUGAAGCACACUUAAUGCAGAACCAUAUAAAUGUUCAGCUAAGAACCUUGUGUGACAAUGUGAAUGUUUGCUGAAAUGCCCUCUAUGACUAAAACAACACAAUCGGUCCCUGUCGUUGUGGAGGAGAGAAUAAGCUGUGUCCGUUGUCUUGGUUGAUCUAAUGUGAGUGCACGAGUGUCCAGUGCAGAGCAGACUUGAACCGUCAUUAGAUCGUCUGUACAGGCUUUGUUUGUUGUUGUUUUUUUAUCUGUGGUUGUUGAAGCUAGACAAAUGGAAGCAUCUAUAUUUAUCAGUGUACAUGUUCUAACUAUGAAAGAAGCAAAUGUGUCAGUUUCCUCCAAAGCUAUUUAUCAGUGUUUUGUAAUUUAGUUGGAAGCCUUGAUUUUAUUAUAUAUAAGGACCUUGUCUUUAUACUUUUAACGCAUCCACUACAUCUGUUGAAGCUGUCUCUCGGUGAGUUCAGUGUUUUAUUUACUGUCUUUUGCUUCACUGCAUUUCACAUACUCCUGUUUCUUUGUUGCCGUGGACCUGUAAAUGGGACCUAAAUCUGAUUACCCCAACAGCACUGUUCCCAUUACUGUACUGUGAUCAUGACGCACAAUUAAAAACUACACAUCAAAACAUGG